AUGCUGAACGUCGUCACUGCUCGGUUGCAUGCCAUGUAUCAGGGAUGCAGAAAGGCUUAUACUGAUGACCCUGGCUUGGACUCCAAGUUCCCUCUUGAACAGUUGAAGGAAGAAGCUGAGGAUCUUCUCAAAGAGACUGAGAUAGCUGUCCAGACACGCAGUGAUGAGCCGGUUGACCCUGGUUUCAUGUCAUCUUUCAUCGUUUACCCUGAUGGCUUGCUCACGCAUAUGCUCUCUACCUCUCCGCGCUUCCGGUCCUGGGAGUACACGCACGCAUCCAGCAAAUACCCCGAGGAUGACGAGUUACGUGCAUGGUACCUAAAUUGUACGAUGGAUUGCAUGCGAAAUGCCGGCGUCCCGAUUGAAAACUUCCUCAUGGUAGCGACCGGCUUACGGGAUACUGUUCCCAAGAUGAAGAAAAUAUGGGGAGUCUCUGAGCUGGCGAUGGGUGGCAGGGACCAGAAGAUACAAGCGAAUCUGGAUAGGGCGGAUGAACUCAUGAGACGUGUCGCUGACAAGACGUUGACCCUCGAAGAUCCUGUGCCUUUGUGA